UCAGCUCAUGUUCACGUGUGCCCCAAAGACUGGGCACCUUGCCAUGGCUUGAAGGUCCCUUCAGCUCAAAUGCUGUGGCUGGCAGCACUGGCCACUGUGGCUGCGGCAUUUACGGGACAUGGUCCGUCUGUACUCUGCCUCACCAUUGUCCAGCCGGGCGAAGAGGCUGAGCUGCUGGCCGAGCAGUUUUUCGAGGGCAUUGGUGUUUUUGCGUGCGAUGACCACAUGAUUUUCAGCAGUGUUGCCGAGGAGGAGCUGUUCCAGCACCAGAACUGGAACCUGAAGUGGCCACUUCGCGGACCCAACGUGCACCUCGUACACCCUUGGCAGGGGAGGCCGGAUGCGAAGACCAUCUACCAGGUGUGGGAGCAGGUCUUUAACGACGGCCUCUACACAGUUCACACCUGGACUCUGAAGAUGGAUGUGACUACAGCCUUCAUCCCAUCUUUCCUAAAGAAGGUGCUGACUCCUCACUGCUCCAGUCUCGAUUGUGGCGCCUUUUUCCUGGAGAUGCCAAAGUUUGGUCCGCUGGAGGCAUUGACAUCUGCUGCAGUCAGUGCGCUAGAGAGGAGCAUCAAUGAGUGCCCGCAGACGGCCGUGGGCGGAUCAGCAGAGGAUAGCUACGUCCAUGACUGCCUGGUCCAGAUCGGCGUCAAAGCUGUUCAGGAGCCGAAUCUUCUGGCAAACUUUGCCUAUGCGGGCGCCAGUCCUCUGUGCAACUCCAGCACUGGUGCAUUCUACCCAUUCUCUUCCUGGGGGAAUUACAUGUCUUGCUUGGGUCAGGCUGGCUACUCGCUGCAGCCCGACUCGCUGGACAACCUGGGCAGGGUGUCAUGGACCCGUGACAUCCUCAUGGGAGGCGGAUACAUUCGGCCGACUAUGUUCUGCUGGGCGCUGGUGCAGCAUAGCGGGCAGGAGCCUGACCUCAUGGCCUGGCAGCGGCACCGAGGUUUGGGAAUUUUCGCCUGUGAUGCUUGGAUGGUUGUCAGCAACGAGUCAGCCAAAGAGGUUCUGCGAGCUGAAUCCUGGCAUACGAACAUCUCCGUCAUUCAGGGAGAAACGAUAGUUCCAAAGACGUUCACCAGCAUUGGUGGUAAAAUGGUCCCCAUCAUUCCGAAUGCAGGGGUUUUUGAAAAGGCAUGGAAGGCCGUCAUCGCCCAGGGGACCUUCCGUCACUACGACUGGACCCUAAAGCUGGAUGUGGAUGUCGCGGUCGUGCCAGAGAGACUGCGGCAAGCGCUGCAAGCGCACUGCCUCAAGGGAUGCGGCAUGAAGCUUCUGGAAAACUUCGGAGGGGACUUCAACGGACCGGUGGAGGCUUUCAGCAACGAUGCGAUGCAAGCUAUAGCUGACGGAAUGAGUUCUUGCACCACGUCUUCGGACUGGAAACAGCACCCGGAGAACGACUGGAUAUAUUCCUGCGCGAGUACGCUGGGGGUCAACACGGAGCGCUCUUCUUUGCUCCUCUCUGACUUUCACCAGGAGAAGCCCCGGCCCUGCGACACCAUGCAUGGCAGCUUUCACCCAUUCGCGCAGGCUGACCUGCAAGAGACUUGUUUGAAGCAGUCCGGGUACUACUACAUCCGAGGGCCGGUGACGUCUACAGCGACCAGCACAACCACCAGUACUUUCACCACGUCAUCAACUUCUUCAAGUACAACCCGCACUCAUACAACAUCUACCGCAACCACAUCCACUAUGACAAGCACCGUUCCCAAAGUGGCUGGCGCGAGCAUCUUUCACUUCGAAGGACGUGAAUUUCAGAAACAACUUCCAGUGUGGGUCAUCACAGAGGAGAAUGAGAAGCGCGGGAUCCCCUUCGCGAUCGAGAUGGUUCUGGGCCUGUUGCUUUGCUCCGCUCCGGUGGUUUACUGGUGCACACGCCCUCGCGCACCUACGGGGGUGGCUGCGCCUGCAGCCACUAGAUCGACUGCACUUGAGGCGCAGGAGGACCCAUUGCUGCGAGCCGCGGAGCCGGCAGAGCCGGCCGAGGCUGGCGCUGGUCCCUAAAGCAGGAUCGCCUGAGUGCUCGAUGUGGCUGGGAAGCCGAUGCGAACUGUUGGGCCGCUUUCCAGCUACAGUGCUUUUUUGACCUGGAGGGACAGGUACGGAGAGUCCUGCAGUGAACCAAGCCUGCAGUGGAACUUCCAUUUCAAUGCUGCCCUAAUUCACUAAUCAAUGGGAUGAGUGGCCGAAAGGCCGCUUUUGUAUCGACCGGAGUUGCUUCGAGCUUUGCUGAGCC